AUGGAGGGUCUAGUUAAUGCUACUAUCGGCACAUCUCAGGCGUCAAGCACAUCUCAGGCAUCAAGCACAUCUCAGGCAUCAAUUGUUCAUAAUUAUAAGAGAAGUUUUAAUGGUUUUGUCGCUCGAUUAACAAGUGACGAAGUUCAACUAAUUUCAUCCAUACCAGAAGUGGUGUCCGUGUUUCCUAAUAAAAUCAAUCAACUACACACGACAAGAUCAUGGGAUUUCAUGGGAUUCUCUCAAACAGUUAAAAGAGUUACAACCGUCGAAAGUGAUACUAUUAUUGGAGUAAUUGAUACCGGAAUAUGGCCAGAGUCCGAUAGCUUUAAUGAUAUAGGAUUCGGAUCCCCGCCAUUUAAGUGGAAAGGUUCAUGUGGAGUAUUUACGAAUUUCACUUGUAACAACAAAAUAAUCGGAGCAAAGUAUUACAAAACCAAUGGAGUCUUCGGCCAAAAUGACAUCCAAUCUCCAAGAGACUCUGAGGGUCAUGGAUCUCAUACAGCUUCAACGGUCGCCGGCGAUCUUGUUACUUCGGCAAGCUUUUCUGGUCUCGCCGGCGGCACAGCUCGAGGAGGAGUCCCGUCUGCGCGGAUCGCUGUAUAUAAAGCCUGUUGGUCCGACGGUUGCUCAGACGCCGACAUCCUCGCAGCAUUUGAUGAUGCCAUCGCAGAUGGCGUCGACAUAAUAUCAAUUUCUAUCGGAUCCUCCGUUGCUAGACCCUAUCUCAGCGAUUCGAUAGCUAUAGGGAGUUUUCACGCCAUGAGAAGAGGAAUUCUUACGUCAAUGUCUGCCGGAAACUCAGGUCCGUCAUCUGGAACUAUCUCGAAUGUUGCUCCAUGGGCACUUUCAGUCGCAGCAAGCACUAUUGAUCGUAAAUUCCUUACCGGUUUGAAACUGGGUAACGCUGCGAAUUUUCAGGGAGUUACAGUGAACACUUUUGUUCCAAAUGGUUUCUCCCCUAUAGUGUAUGCUGGUAAUGUUCCAAAUAAAACAGGGAAUGUUCCUGGUACUGUAUCUAGGCUGUGCCAAAAGGACUCCCUAGAUCCAACAUUGGUAAAAGGUAAGAUUAUCGUUUGUGACCAAUUAAAUUUAGGGGAAGCAGCUCUUUUGGCUGGUGCAGCUGGUAUGGUGAUACGAGGAGAUGGACCCAAGGAUAUCGCCAGGGUGUUUGCCCUCCCUACAACUUAUGUUAGCAAUAUCGAAGGAAACCUCAUCCUGACCUAUAUUAGCACAACAAGCAAUCCAACUGCAAGUAUUUUGAAGAGCAAUGAAGCUGUUGAUGGAAUUGCGCCAUAUACUGCAUCCUUCUCAUCAAGGGGACCGAAUCCAAUAUCAUCUAACAUACUUAAGCCGGAUUUGUCUGCGCCUGGUGUUGAUAUCUUGGCAGCAUGGACACUUGGAAAUUCUCCUACGGAAAUACAAGCAGAUACUAGAAGACUUCCAUUUAACAUCAUAUCGGGCACAUCAAUGGCCUGCCCGCAUGCUACUGGUGCAGCCGCUUAUGUCAAAACCUUCAAUCCAUUAUGGUCUGCUGCUGCUAUAAAGUCCGCUCUUAUGACCACUGCCUUUGAGAUGAGCCCAAAGACAACUCCUCUAGCAGAAUUUGGUUAUGGAUCAGGUCAAAUAAACCCUGUAGCGGCCAUUAAUCCUGGUCUUGUGUAUGAUACUAAUCAAGCGGACUAUGUGCAGUUCUUGUGCGGGCAAGGCUACACCGACAGGCAGUUGCAAAUUGUUACGGGUGACACUAGCACUUGCCCCAGUUCUAGGAAUGAUACUUCUUUGAAUCUGAACCUGCCUUCAUUUUCUGCCCGCGUGUUAUCUACUAUUCCUUUUAAUGUCACAUUCAAUAGGAGAGUUACAAAUGUGGGAUUGGCACCAUCUACUUACAAUGUCGCGGUUCUUGCUCCAGCAACAUUGAAAAUACAAGUCGUGCCCAGCACACUGUCUUUUUCUAGUGUUGGACAAACUCAGUCAUUCACGGUGACUGUUGAGGGAAUAGUUUCCAUAAACUCCUUUGUCUCUGCUUCUUUGUCAUGGGUAGACGCAACACACAAAGUGAGAAGCCCUAUUGUUAUUUUUUCUACAAUAUAAACAGGUAUGACUUAAAGUAAGGAAAAGAAGGAAUGAGGAGACAUGGAAAGAUGUGAUUUUAUGGUAAUGAUGGGUUCUCGAAGAAUAAUUGUUUUAGGACAAUGUACAUCGAGAACCUAUGUUUAUGUGGUGUGUUAUGCUAUAUCUUUGUGGAUGUCUUACCCUAAACUUCAAUAUGUGAUU